AGAUUCCCGCCACCGGAAAAUAUCUUCAAUGGCUUCUUCUUCUCUCCCUCUUAGUUUUCGUCUUCCUCUCUCCCGCAGGCAUCAUCUAGACUUCACUUUCACUCCAUUUUCACUCACCACUCAUCCUCCCUCUCGCUCUCUUAUCAAUCCUCACCUUUGCUUCUCCAUCUCACCAUCAACCAGUUCAAACCACGACAGUGAAGAAUCGCGGUGGAUCCGAGAGGAGCAACGUUGGCUACGUGAAGAACAGAGAUGGCUUCGCGAACAAUCUCGAUGGAAUUCCGAACGCGAAUCUCUUCUCCGAGAAAUCUCCUCCUUAAAGCUCCGAAUUCACGAAUUGGAAACUCGUGGAUCGUUACUAGGUCCCUCCGCUUCUUCUUCCGAAGCUAUGGCAAAUAUCGCCUCGCUGUUACAGGUGUUGAAGAAAGAGGUUGAUUUAGGUAAUGCAAACUUGAUAGCAGAGAGAGGUACUAGUGUUGUGCCGAUUGUUCUCGAGGCUAAGUCGUCUGAAAGUGUAGAGGUGGUGAAAGAAGUAGUUACCGUCUCACAGAAGGAUGAGAAGAAGACGAAGAAGAGGGAGACGUUGAGGAUUGGUUCAGAAGGAGUGGAUGUUCAAUUCUUGCAGGAAGCACUGCAGAGAUUGGGAUUUUAUUCAGGCGAAGAAGAUGUGGAAUACUCGAGUUUCUCAAGUGGGACAGAACUUGCAGUUAAAACUUGGCAAGCUUCGGUAGGUAUCCCUGAAGACGGAAUUAUGACUUCUGAGCUUCAGGAGAGACUAUUUGCACCACAGAAAGAAGAAACAGAUCCAAAAGUGAAUAAUUUGAUCCCCUUGAAGAAGGAGGCCAUAAAUGGAGCCGUAAAUGCUUCAGCAACAGAGAUUGACUUAUCACAACAUCGAGUCUUCCUUCUUGGAGAGAACAGGUGGGAAGAGCCAUCUAGGCUUACUGAAAGGAAUAAGAAAUCUGGACAGACCAAGAUCAAGGAUUCAACCACAUGCAUUCAGUGCAAGGGAGUAGGCAGCAUGUUAUGCUCAGAAUGCGACGGAACUGGAGAACCAAACUUGGAGCCGCAGUUUACAGAAUGGAUUGAGGAAGGAGCAAAGUGUCCAUAUUGUGAAGGCAGUGGAUUUACAGUGUGCGACUUGUGUGAAGGUAAAACAACUGGUUAGUCUGCCAUAUUAAUCUUAUUCAUAUUCAAUUAAGAUAUUAUUAUAAAAUGGUAUCUUGUAUUUGGUUCUUCAAAUAUGUAUUUGUUGUUGUAUUUUAACUUAGGUAAUUGUCAUUUUCAUUGA